GAAAACAUAAAAAUAGAGGACAAAAUGAUGUACUGUUGCAGUUUAUGGAGAAGUAUCCCGACAUCGCCAGAGGGUUUACCAAACGAGAAAAGGCGCUUGUGGACUCCCUUUGGCAACAAUUAGCAGAGUCGCUUAACAGCGCAGGCCCGCCAAUAAAGGAUGUGAACGGUUGGAAGAAGAUAUGGACGGACUGGAAAAGCGAAGUGAAAAAGAAGUUGGCGCAGAAUAAAAUCGAAGCCCGAGCCACUGGUGGAGGACCAUUUUCUAAGUAUACAUUGAACCAAACGGAGGAAACCAUUGUACGCAUUUGUGGAAUGGCUCAGAGUGUUGGAGGGGUUUCGGAACUAUCAUUUGGUCUCGAGGAAGAAUAUUUAAUAUCAAGCGAUGUGAUAAAACUUCACAAUUUUCCUCGUAAACUUCUGUGGAAACGGUGA